AAAACCGAAAUCCAAAUUCCAAUUCAAUCCCUCCGUCGCUCGCUCCAAUCAUCCCCACCGCUUCACCGCCCGCGCCACCCAAUGUCAGGCGACGGCGACGCGCGCGGCCUCGAGGCAGCGGCGGCCACCGCGGCAGAGGCGGCGCGGGAGCUGCGCGAGGCGGCCGCGGCCCUCGUCGCCACCCGCGCCGCUGAGGAGGACGCGCUGCGCCGCCGCGCCGUGGCGCUCGAAGCCGACGUCCGCCGCCUCCAGGCCUCGCUCCACGCCCUCGAUCCCUCCACGCUCGACAAGGUCGAGGAGGAAUUGGAGCGUGCCAGGGUGGCAAUCACGGAUAGUGAUGUGGCUUCGUUUCUUCCCAGCAAGCGGAAUGGCAAGUUUCUUAAGACAUUUCUAGGCCCUGUGAAUGUGCGGGUGGCGAGGAAGGAAGAUAAACUCAAAAUCAAGGAUGAGUACAACAAUUAUAGGGAUAGGACAGCCUAUAAGUUUCUGUUAUUUCCAUCUAUCCUCCUCCUACUGAGAUGGUGGAUAUGGGAUGGAUGCCUUCCAGCAUUGGCUGUUCAAAUUUACCAGGCUUGGUUACUAUACCUGUACACAAGCUUUGCUUUGCGUGAGAAUGUAUUAAUUGCGAAUGGAAGUGACAUUCGUCCAUGGUGGAUAUAUCAUCACUAUCUAGCAAUGCUGAUGGCUCUUAUUAGCCUUACAUGGGAGAUAAAGGGACAGCCUGAUUGUUCUAGCAAGCAGAGGGGGGUGCAACUUUUCUUGCGCUGGGCAAUCAUGCAAGGCAUUGCAAUGCAUCUACAGAAUAGAUACCAGCGGCAAAGAUUGCGUACUCGAAUAGCUCUAGGAAAGGCUAAAAGAAUGGAUGUCGUUGCUGGCGAAACAGCUGGUGUGGAGGGGCAGCUCUUGCUGCUAUAUCCUGUCCUUUUCAUAUUACAGGGUUUCGAAGCAUAUGUUGGAGUUUUGCUUCUUCAGACGGCUUUGCAUGGGCUUGCUUCCGAAUGGCAGGUCUUAGUCUGCGGGAUCUUGCUGGUGGUUAUGGCAGUCGGCAACUUUGUCCACACUAUGGAGACACUGGUACUGAAACUGAGGUUUAAAGCAAAGAUGAAGAAAGCGAAGAGCAGACAGGAUCGCCCGCAUCAAAAUUGACAGGCAUCAUCGUCCUUGGAAAACAAGGAUGCUGACACCGCCUCUUUUGUAAAUCCUUUGACCCACAUUAACAUUUUUUGCCUGCUUGUCAUUCUCUCUCUCUUUUUUUUUUGGUAAUUGGCCCUGUAACAUUGAAGUUGAUAUUCCACACAACACGGUGGAUGAAACCAUAUUUGUUCGCUCUUGGAUGAGAACUGAGUUUGGCAUGUACUAUAUAUUUUUCUGUAUGAAACCUCUGGGUUCUGAAAUAAGAUGAUGUGUAUCUGAAGCUGUG